GGGGAGAGCGGAUAUAGUGAAUGCGGGGUCCGGGGAGAGCGGAUAUAGUGAAUGCAGGGUCCGGGGAGAGCGGAUAUAGUGAAUGCAGGGUCCAGGGAGAGCGGAUAUAGUGAAUGCAGGGUCCGGGAGAGCGGAUAUAGUGAAUGCGGGGGUCCGGGGAGAGCGGAUAUAGUGAAUGCGGGGUCCGGGGAGAGCGGAUAUAGUGAAUGCAGGGGUCCGGGGAGAGCGGAUAUAGUGAAUGCAGGGUCCGGGGAGAGCGGAUAUAGUGAAUGCGGGGUCCGGGGAGAGCGGAUAUAGUGAAUGCGGGGUCAGGGGGGGAGAGCGGAUAUAGUGAAUGCAGGGUCCGGGGAGAGCGGGAUAUAGUGAAUGCAGGGGUCCGGGGAGAGCAGAUAUAGUGAAUGCAGGGUCCGGGGAGAGAGCGGAUAUAGUGAAUGCGGGGUCCGGGGAGAGCGGAUAUAGUGAAUGC